AUGUUGAUUGCACUUCUUUCGAGAUGGAGCUGUCAUAUAUGCUCCUACCUUUAUCCUGCAUAUGCAUCAUACAAAGCUUUAUCACUCCAUCCUGAUUCGUCUCCCGAAGCGAUGAUUCAAGUUGAAAGAUGGUUAAUGUAUUGGGCCGUAGUUGGGACUUGGACUGCGAUUGAAAGUCUGUUAGGAUGGACUUUUACUUGGCUCCCAUUCUACAGUCUUAUCAAAACACUUAUAUUCCUUUAUUUAUCCCUGCCUCAAUCCGAGGGAUCAUCGUACAUAUACAAUAAUCACUUGGCUCCUUUCUUCCAUGAACACGAAUCGGAUAUCGACGCUUUCUUAGCCAGUCUCAGAAGUAGAGCUUCAACUGCUUUGGCAGGUGGCAUGGGUUGGUGUUGGGAGAAAAUCAAAGCUCAACUCAAUAUCGUGCUUCCUGCUGGACAUGAAUCUUUUCCGAACCAAAGUGGACACUACGGAGGAGAAGUACAAGGAUUCGAUGUUCCGGGAGUUCAACAGCCUCCUACUCUACAAGAUCCAGCUUCUGGAGCGAUUCAACAGAUGUAUGGUUUGGUCACUCGUUAUGCCGGACACUACAUGCCCGUAGCUUUAUCUGCUUUGUCAGCAGCAGCAGCUUCUGCCCAAAGUCAAACUCGAUCUUCAAGCUCAGGUUCAUCUCAGCGAAACACACGAGAUAGGGCCGAACAAAUCCCAGAAUCAAUGUCUAUGCCAAUUCCAAUUCCUACACCCGGAGUCCGAUCUUCACCAUCAGAUUCAACACUUCGUUCUCGCACUUACCAGCAUGCUACGUCAAAUUCUGGUGGAGGUGGAAUCGGAGUCGGAGUUGGAGUGGGGGGUGGUUAUCCAAUUGUUAAUCCUGAAUUAGCUCAAGCUUCAGCUCGAUUUAAUAGAUCAAUCAACAGUUCUCAACCUAGACCCACGUCAAUCUCGAGUAAUUCAGAAGAUUCAUUAUCACUUCAUUCAAACUCUAAUUCAAAUUCUAGGAAUAAUAGUAAUGGUAGAUUAUCUAAUGAAGGUUAUGAACAGAUCCUACGAGAAGAAGCUGAAGGUGCAAAUACCAGUACUCAAAGACCAGUCAUGGAUCAAAGGAGAACCAGUAGUUGGUGGGGAUGGGGAGGUUCACCUUCACCAUCCACACCACAUGCUAACAAUACUGCUGGAAGACCUAAAGCCGAAUAA